GUAAAAUCGGCGGGUUUUCAAUCUGGGUCGUUACGGGUCUAAAAAAAUGUACAUAUUACUGCUGUGAUUAUAAUUUAUCGUCAUUGUCUCUUAUGAAUUCCACAAGAUAAUGGCUAACAGCCACUUGUUGUGCAGAUGAAGACCUUAGUUUUCGGAUCAAUGAAUUGGCGUUAUAAGAAUUUCUGGCAAUUUUAUUCUUAUCAGUUUUGAUCAUCCAAAGAUGUUUAAUCAGACAGCUGUAGACUCAUCUUUGAGUGGAAUUUCUGUGUCGUCAACUGUCGAUCGACCCUUUAAUCCAUUCUCAAAUAGUUUGGAUACACAACCAGGUGCAUUACUUUCUGAACUACUAUCGGAUUGUACACCAUCUGGCGAUUGUCUUAUCUCAGGAAAUUUACAAGCCAAUGAUCAAGACAAUAUUUCAUUAUAUGGUGUUACAUCCUCCAUUAGUAACAAUAACAAUAUGAUUACUAGUGAUACUACAAAUGGGAUUUAUAUACCAAUGAAUUCUAAUUCACAUGAUUGUUAUCAGAAGAGUUCUACAGAGGAGUUAAAAUCCGGUUCUAUUUUCUCAGAUUGUUAUGAAUUAGUUGAAAAUAAUAACAGUGUCACAUCUACAAAUAUUAAUAUUAAUAAUACUGAUAAACAUGAAUCAGAUAUUCAGCAUUGUACAAAUUCAUUAUCACAGAUUCAGUCUAGCAUUAAAUCAUCUUCAUCAUCCACAGCAUUAUCAGGAGUAUCGACAACUGGUAAAACACUGCCAUCAGAGAUAAUGACAACUACACCGACAACAAUAGCAACAACAACACCAGCGCCAACCCAUGUACCAGUCCCAACGACUAUAACAAAUCAAGCAGCUAUAAUGGCAGCUGCUUUAGCUAAAGCAUCUGCUGAGAAAACAAUGAAUGGACCAUUCUCAUUAACUGAACGUAUUAUUAAUAGUAAUGCUAUCAAUACUAAUAGUAAUAAUACAUCGGUUAAUAUAACAAUGACAACUAAUAAUAAUAAUAAAUCACGUAAAGGUUCAUUAACAAUGCCACAUAAUCAUCAUCAAAUACAACAUUCAUCAUUAGAUAAUAAUUAUACAGGGAAUAAUUCAAGUAAAUUAAUUGAACGAAGAAAUUCGUCUAAUUCUGAAAAACAUUUUAUUGAUCCAACUGGCCCAAAUGAUGAAAGAAGUCCAAAUCGUCUUCAUUCUUCCGAAGAAUUUGAUAGUUUACUCGACUCGAAUUCAUCUGUAUUAGAUUUCACCUUUUCAGAUGUACAAUAUUGGUGUAGUGUAUUCUAUUAUGAGUUGAAUACACGAGUUGGUGAUGCAUUUCAUGCUGGUCGACCUACCUUAACAAUAGAUGGUUUCACUGAACCAUGUUAUCGUUCUGAUCGAUUCAGUUUAGGCAGUUUAAGUCAUGUUAAUCGACCAUUACAAGUUGAAAUGACAAGAAGACAUAUUGGUCGUGGAUUAAAAUUGCAUCAUAUUGGUAGUGAAGUAUACCUUGAAUGUUUAAGUGAUGCUGCAGUAUUUGUUCAAUCACCAAGUUGUAAUCACUUUCAUAAUUGGCAUCUAGCAACUGUUGUUAAAGUUCCACCAAAGUGUAACUUGAAACUUUUUGAUAGUACAACAUUUGCCAGUCAACUGGCUGAUUGUAUGUCACGAAGUUAUGAAUCUGUAUUCGCAUUAACUCAUAUGUGUUCUAUCCGUAUUAGUUUUGUAAAAGGAUGGGGAGCUGAUUAUAGCCAUAACUCUACUGUAACCUUAACGCUGAAUCAGGAUGAAGCUUGCAACGAAGAUAACAAAAGACAUCAGUUUGCAAUGCUGGGCGAUCUGAUUGGCUGGUUCAAGAAGACAAACAAUUACUAGUACACCAUGUUGGAUAGAAGUUCAUCUAAAUGGUCCUUUAAAAUGGCUUGAUCGUGUAUUACGGCAAAUGGGUUCACCUACACUUCCAUGUACAUCAGUUAGCUAAUAUAAGUAAACAAUUAAAUAAGCCUUUAUAAAAAAUAAAUAAUAUUCAGUUAUAUUACUCAACACUGUAUCAGUAGUACCACCACCAACAACAAUAACAAAAGAAGCAACAGAAAUACAAAAGAGCCAUAUAACAACUGAUCUCAUUCACUUAUUUCUUGUAUAUUACUACUAUUAUUGUUAUUAUUAAAGUAUAAUUUACUUCACUACCUUUUUUCAUCUAUAACAGCUGGUAAUUGACAAUCACAUCCAAGUGUUUAUUUGUAAUUUUGUCUAUUUAUUUGUUUUACCUAUUUACCUUUUUUCUCUUUUUGUGUUUUAUUUUUUACUGAUACUUUCCUCUGUGUGUUCGUCCAACAGUUAUUUUAAAUCCUUUUGAGAAUACACACCCACACAAAGAAAAAAGAAUAAUUGCCUCCACUUUUUUCUUAAAAAAACAUCUUAAAAAAAAUUGUGUGUGUCAGUACUUUGUUGUCUUUUAACGGAUAUAUACUUUUUAUCUACAAAUUAGCAUUUACGCUACACCCUGAUACUCCUCCUCAUACUAUUGAUAACAAUAGUAGUAGUCAUCAGAAUAAUGAUGGUAAGAAACAAUUAAGGUGUUUCAUCCUUUCAAAAACAAACAGGUGGUGAUCAAUGAUGAUGAUGAGAUACGCUAUAUUAUUAAUAAACACUUGCAAAUACCAUAACAAUUUUAUAGAUUUUUUUAAAAUAUACAUAUAUGUAUUACUUAUUUCUUUACUUACUUUCUUGUCUUUGUGGUACUCGAUAGGAUUUGAGUAGUGUUCACUGUUGUUAUUGUCGUCCUUCCUAUACACAUAGAAAAUUUAAUUCAGGUUUAGUGUGUGUAUGUUUGUGUAUCUGUGUGUACACUUAUUUUGUGUAUUCUUACUGAUCUCUCUCUCUCCCCCUCUGUCGUUUUUCUUCUUAAUGAGUUGUAUUGUGAAUUGUUUUGUUGAUAAGCAAAUUAUCGAUAACUAUAAUCUCCCUCCCUUUUCGUGUGAUAACACAAUACUUUUAUCUUUUGUGUGUGUGAAUGUGUGUGUGUGGAAGACUUCUUCCUCAUUUUAAUUGUACAAAAUAUCCUCUUUUUUCUUUUCUUUCUUCUGUAAUCACUAGGCUUAUUCUGUAUAUCUACUAUCUCUCCCCCUCCCCCCCCCGACACACACACGCAUGAACGCACGCACGCACAUGCAGACAAAAUCGCGUGCAUGUUAUUACUCGAUAUUGUUAACUUUACCCAAACAUCCAUCCUUAUUACUCACUCUGUAUUGUGCAUAUAUAUAUAUAUAUAUAUAUAU